AUGAUUUUGUCUCUCGAGGUCCUUGUGGUGGUGAUCAGCGUCAGUAAUGACUUUCUGUUCACUCCUCAGUGCUGCUGCCGGGCUCAUGCGCCGAGGACCAGCCUCAUCGGCGCCUCGGGGUGCUGUCGGCCGCGGGAGGCGUGUCAAGCAGGAAGAGGGGCCGCGAGUCAAGAUGGGAACACGCUUUGUGUGUGGAGCACCGAAGACCCUUCGUACCAGCCUCUGACCCUCGGAGGCCACCGCGAGCCGGUUACUGCCGUGGCGUUUGGGAACGCAGCGAGUCCGCUUCUCCUCUGUUCUGCCUCACGAGAUCACGUUAUAAUGUGGAGACUAGAUGAGUGCAGACAAAAAGCACUUCAAGGGCUGACUCCUCGGGGGCUGGUCGUGGGCACCCUGCUGGGAAGGGUGCUGUGUCUGAGGUUGAGCCCGGACGACCGCGCGGCUGCUGUGUGCGCUGGAAAGAAGAUAUUUGUGCUGGAUACUGCGAGCCGGUCUACACUAGCCGAGCUGGAGGGUCACCGGGGCGCCGUGACCGCAGCCGAGUUCUGUCCGUGGCAAACACGCAUCAUCGUCUCGGUGUCUGAAGACAGGAGCUUUAAGGUUUGGGAUCAUCAUGUGGAAUCACUGAUCUACAGCUCCUCAGUGCUAACAGCCUCCCCCCUCCUGAGUCUCCUCAUCCACGCGGGGAGCCGGCAGCUGGUGACAGGAAGCGCGCAUGGCCAGCUUUGGAUCUUCAGUUUGGUCGAAGGACAUCAUUACCGUUGUGUGGCACGAGCUGACCUGAAGAAGACGACAGAGAGUUUCUCCCGGAGGACUGAGUCCAGGCUGUGCAGCCGGCCAGAAGACAGUCCGCCUCCCUGCACAGACGGCUUGGAGGAGGGACAGGAGGUCGAAGCAAGCCUCCCGGUCCUGGGUCUGGCGUCAUGCGAUCUGUCCGUCAUCCUUCCUGCCGAGUGUGGGGGUCAGUCUUCUGAGAAUGCCGUGUGCUUAUGGAUCGGGAGCUCCGUGGGCCUGUUCCUUUUUAACUUGGCAAGCUUUGAACUGGAAGCCGCCUUACAUUACAAGGACUUCAGGAGCCUCAGCGUUCGGGUUGCCGGGUCCUGCGCAGUGGAGAGCGGAGCGGGGGGUGACAAGGCCGUCUGCUUACUCACGUCCUUGUUUGGCCACAAGAUCGCCUUGCUGGAAAUCCACGUGGCCGCUCUGGUGACGUCGCAGCGGAGGCACGCCGCGGGAAGGGGUCUGUCCGUGCUGCCUCGUGCCCACGUUCUGUCCACGUCUCCGCUGCGCUUCAGAUCCGCGGAGGAGAGGGCGCGGCCGGCUCCACAGGCGCCGUCCAGUUCGGCGGUGCAGAGCGCCGUUAAGGACCAGCCCCUGGUUUUCCACAGCAAAGUGAGGUCGUCUGGGUACGCGUCCACGCCACGCACAACUAUGUUCUUGCCAAAGACCAACACCAGGGGCAGCGGUGGCCGCUCUUUACCACGGAGCCACAUUCACAGGGAGUACCCUUUGCGGCUUUCUCUGCCAACCAGAGUCCACAAGCAGCUUGUCCUCGCGCACGGGCCGCCCGCCGCCGCCACCUGCGUCCAGUACUCAGGAGAUGGACGGUGGCUCGCCUGCGGCUUAGCCAACCACUUGUCACUGGUCCUCCGCGCCGAUCUCGGCGGGACGCCUGCUGUUUUCUCAGGUCACGACGGGCCGGUGAGCACUGUGUGCUGGAGCCAGGACGGCAGGUGGCUGCUGUCUGCUUCCCGGGACGGGACACUGCGGCUGUGGUCGCUCCGCAGGGCAGAACACGUGUUGUGUGUGGGCAGGGACAUGUUUUCCAAGCCCGUUGGGUCCGCACAGUUUUACUACCUGGACGCUUUCAUCUUGUCGUCUUCUGGCCCCGAGCUCCAGCUCCUCAGGCACCACCUGGACGCCAGCAAGGACGAGAUCCGCAGAUACAGACAGAGGAGCUGGUGCAGACGUGUCUUCAGGCUCCGUACGACCGGUGCGACGGGGAUCACCAGCUUAUCAGCCGUGAACGACUUCUACUCCUAUCUGGUGCUUGCGGCUGGCAGGAACAGGACUCUCGAGGUUUUCGACCUCAAUGCAGCGCGCAGUGCAGCCCUGAUAGUGGAAGCCCAUUCCCGGCCUGUCCACCAGAUCUGCCAGAAUAAAGGAUCGUCAUUCACGACCCUGCAGCCGCUGCUGUAUAACCUGUUUGCCACCACAGCCGCUGGGGACGGCGUGAAGCUAUGGGACAUGAGAACCCUGAGAUGCGAGCGCUGUUUUGAGGGACAUCCAAACCACGGAUACCCCUGUGGGAUUGCCUUCAGCCCAUGCGGACGCUACGUGGCUUCUGGUGCGGACGACAGACACGUGUACAUGUAUGACGUGGGCUCGAGCACGUUUUCUCACAGACUGGCUGGACACACGGACACCGUCACUGGCGUGGCCUUCAGCCCGUCAGUCCCUCAGCUCGCCACGGUCAGCCUGGACGGAAAACUGCAGCUGUUCGGAGCCGGUCACUGACCGCAGGGGUGAGGGGCCUGCAUGGCCGGCCAGGGGUCCUGCUCACAGCCCCACCGGGAUUUGCGUCCCUUCGCUCCACGGCUCUGCUCUGCCACGCGCACGCCUGGGGGCUCCCUGCGCCUCCCAAGGGUCCCCUUGCUGGACGACCGGAGUCGGCGUCCAGCACUUCUGCACAGGACGUGGUCAAGCUGAAACAGAAUGCUCUUCAAUAAAAAGUAA